UCUUUUGAGGUGAUAUUAAUUUUGAAACACACUACUGCGUAUAAACAAAUUGCAGCUAAGGUGUUGCUUUCAAGAUGGGACAAUACAUAUGUAAUACAUAUAAAAUCAAGUUUUCCUUGGUUGGAAAACCAAACAUCUCCACAUAUUUCUCUGCUUUUGCAGGUUUGGCAGUUAGUCAAAAUAUGGGGUUAAGUUCUUACCUAUGGAAUGCACUCCCUUUUAUGGCAAUGAUUACAGUGGAAUGCACAGAUGUGGGUAUAUCAGUGAUAAGUAAAGCAGCUUUGAGUAAAGGAAUGAGCAACGUUGUUUCAGUUACUUAUUUCAAUGCUUUGGGUACUUUGAUCCUUCUUCCAUACUACAUUUUUUUCAGAGAUAAGCAAGCUCCUUUGACUUUCUCACUGCUUUGGAGAUUCUUCCUCUUAGGCUUGAUAGGAAGCUCAGGACAGAUUAUAUUUCUUACUGGAGUCAAAUUCAGCUCCCCUACUCUCUCAUCAGCUUUAGUAAACCUUAUCCCCGUUUUCACUUUCCUGCUUGCGGUCAUAUUUAGGAUGGAAAAGUUAGAAAUGAGAAAAUCAAGCAGUCAAGCUAAAUUGUUGGGUGCCAUUGUAGCUGUAACAGGAGCAUUCGUAGUGACUCUCUAUAAGGGUCCUCCAGUUUUAAUGUCUUCAUCUCCUUCAGAUUUUCUUCAUCACCCUUUUGAUUCAAAGCAAUUUAAGUGGAUUAUUGGAGGCCUUUCAGAGCAAUCUAAGUGGAUUAUUGGAGGCUUUCUUCUUUUAUUGGUUUGCCUUUCAUCUGCAACAUGGAAUGUUCUUCAGGCAGCCACUGUUAAGGAAUAUACAGAUAAAAUGACGAUUGUCUUCUUCUUUACGUUCUUUAUAGCUAUCCAAUCUUUGGUUUUCUCUGUAAUUUUGGAAAGAAAUCCAACUGCAUGGAGAUUGAAGUCUACUGAAGAAGUAGCUGCCAUUUUAUGCUCGGCAGUAUUUGGAAGUUUGUACAGAAUUUCAAUUCAUACAUGGUGCUUAGAAAAGAAGGGACCUGUGUAUGUUUCCAUGUUCAAGCCCUUAGGGAUUGCUGUUGCAGUCGCCCUCACUGUCAUAUUUCUUGGCGAGUCUCUUUUUCUUGGCAGUGUGAUUGGAUCAAUUAUCAUUUUAGUGGGAUUCUACACAGUGAUAUGGGGACAAUCCAAUGAAAAGAAGACGUUGAAAACUGAAGUUUGUGGCUUGGAAUCAUCCCACCAAAAGACCCCUCUUAUUCACAAUAGCUGAACUAAUAUCAGCAAAACAAAUAAUGCCUACAUUUCACUCCUCUUCUCCCUUUUAUGUUAUGUAGGCAAUAGUGUAGUUUCCAAGUCGGGGUCGGGGUCGGGGUCGGGGUCGGUGUUGGUGUCACAUGUAACUUUUUUAUUUUUUAACUUUUUGAAAGUUAGUAUUUGUAUAUUCGUACCUAAAUAUAUAUGAUAUUAUUGUAAACAAAUGUCAAUUAAUAUGUAUUUUGAAUUUGGAUUAAAAUAGGAAUUAUAUUGUGAUCAAGCCAUUGAGGUAAA